AUGACUCUUCUUGACUCCGACGUUUCACAUUCUUCUAUCGAUGUCUUGGAUAAACUCGCUUUCGUUCACGAAAAAUCUGUCAAACAGCACGUUGCUGGGAUUGGCGUUGAGCUGCUCUUCGUGCCAGCCUAUUCUCCGAGGUUGAAUCCAGUCGAAAGCAUCUUGUGUGUAGUCAAAAGCCAAUUUACAUGCUCACGGAUGAAUAGACGAGUCGCUCGCAUACGUGAGACCGCAGUUCUUCCACAAGUCGCUCUUUAA